UCAUCUGUCUUUGUAGUAGAGGAAAACCACUUUGGUAGUGCCAGUGUGAAUCAUCCACAAUGAUUUUUCCAGCAUUCAUCUUGUUCUCAAGUUUCCUCUGCCAUGUUGCUAUUGGAGGACGAACCUGUCCCAAGCCAGAUGACUUACCAUUUUCCAUAGUUGUUCCAUUAAAAACGUCCUAUGAUCCAGGGGAGCAGAUAGUGUACUCCUGCAAGCCGGGCUAUGUGUCCCGGGGAGGGAUGAGAAGGUUUACCUGCCCGCUCACAGGGAUGUGGCCCAUCAACACUCUGAAGUGCAUUCCCAGAGUGUGUCCUUUUGCCGGAAUCUUAGAAAACGGAGUGGUGCGCUAUACGACUUUUGAAUACCCCAACUCAAUCAGCUUUUCUUGUAACACUGGGUUUUAUUUAAAUGGAGCCAGUUCCGUGAAAUGCACUGAGGAGGGGAAAUGGAGUGAGGAGCUUCCUGUCUGCACUCCCAUAACCUGCCCUCCACCACAGGUACCUAAGUUUGCAAUGCUGAGUGUUCACAAGUCAUCAGCUGGAAACGACUCCCUCUACCAUGACACCGUCGUCUUUAAAUGUUUGCCACACUAUGCAAUGUUUGGAAAUGACACAAUUACCUGCACCGCGCAUGGGAAUUGGACUGAAUUACCAGAAUGCAGGGAAGUGAAAUGCCCAUUCCCAUCGAGACCAGACAAUGGAUUUGUGAACUAUCCUGCACAUCAAGCACUUUAUUACAAGGAUAAAGCCACCUAUGGUUGCCAUGAUACAUACACCCUGGAUGGCCCGGAAGAAGUCGAGUGCAGCAAACUGGGAAACUGGUCUGCACAGCCAAGCUGCAAAGCAUCUUGCAGAUUAUCUGUUAAAAAAGCCACUGUGUUAUACCAGGGAGAGAGAGUAAAGCUCCAGGAGCAGUUUAAGAAUGGGAUGAAGCAUGGUGACAAAGUUUCUUUCUUCUGUAAAAAUAAAGAAAAGAAGUGUAGUUAUACGGAGGAUGCUGUGUGCGUAGAUGGCACCAUCGAAAUCCCCAAGUGCUUCAAAGAGCAUAGUUCUUUGGCCUUCUGGAAAACAGAUGCAUCAGAUGUAAAGCCAUGCUAACGUCGUUUUCAGAUUUAAAGUGAAAUGUCAUACCCGUAUCUGAAUUUGUUCAAGACCUGAUGGAAGGGGGUAAUAAAGUUACUGACUUCAUUCAU